AUGCUCUCUCUCCAGUUUAGUUUCGGGGGUCUCUGUAUGCUGUAUGGAACGGUGAACCACAACUUGCCGUCGCACUCCAUAUUGGUCCAGACCUCCAGCGCCCCCUCUCUCUGUUACUUUGUCUUUUCUAUCUCAGUGUGUGUAGCAGUCUUUAGUUUCUUUAUAUCACUGUACUGGAUAUGUGCAUGCUUCCAGACUCAAGACUGUAACAGGUGAGUGUGUAUGGGGGAGGGGGGUUUGUGUGUGUCAGGGGGGAUUGCGUGUAUGUGUAUGGAGGGGGGACGGGGUUGUGUGUGUGUGUGUCUACAUACGUUAUUUUACAUGACUCAAUGAUAGGUGUGACACAACUUAUUGUAUGUCCUAUGAGACUUUCUGUGGGGGUGCAUGUCAUGCCGAGACGUUGUAAGAUCAGCAAUGUAACUUAACCUCAUGACAUAUGACUGAAUCUGACCGUGUGUGUGUGUGUGUCAUGCCAAUAUGUUUACAUUUUGAAACCAUUCUAUGCAUAAUGCAACAUUUUGCGAUGUCUAUCUAACCUGUGUGUGUGUUUCCAGAACACGUCUGGGGCUGAACGUGACCCUGGUGUUGUGUGGCGUGUUCCUCUUCUUCCUCCUGGUGACGGGGUGUGUGUUGAAGAUGGGAAGAGACUCUCUGUGUGACUCUGUCCUACACACUGUCCCCAACAUCACCAGGUACGAUACACAUCUAGCUAAACUUCGGCAGUAGCUUUUCUUCAUAUCAAAUGUGUGAUUACUCCUACCGAUACGAGUAGAGUCAAAUCCCAAAAUAAAUCAAAUCUGUUAUUUCUCAACUUUACUGUGAAACUUAAUACAAGCCUUUUCCCAACAAUGCAGAGUUAAAAAGUAAGAAAAAUAGAAAAUAGUAACACAAUACAAUAACGAGGCUAUAUACAAGGAGUAGCAUUACUGAGUCAAUGUGCAGGGGUACCAGGUAUUAUAACACAAUAAAACAGUAAUGAGGCUAUAUACAAGGAGUAGCAUUACUGAGUCAAUGUGCAGGGGUACCAGGUAGUAAUGAGGCUAUAUACAAGGAGUAGCAGUACUGAGUCAAUGUGCAGGGGUACCAGGUAGUAAUGAGGCUAUAUACAAGGAGUAGCAUUACUGAGUCAAUGUGCAGGGGUACCAGGUAGUAAUGAGGCUAUAUACAAGGAGUAGCAGUACUGAGUCAUGUGCAGGGGUACCAGGUAGUAAUGAGGCUAUAUACAAGGAGUAGCAGUACUGAGUCAAUGUGCAGGGGUACCAGGUAGUAAUGAGGCUAUAUACAAGGAGUAGCAGUACUGAGUCAAUGUGCAGGGGUACCAGGUAGUAAUGAGGCUAUAUACCAGGUAGUAUAUGAAACUUAAUACAAGCCUUUUCCCAACAAUGCAGAGUUAAAAAGUAAGAAAAAUAGAAAAUAGUAACACAAUACAAUAACGAGGCUAUAUACAAGGAGUAGCAUUACUGAGUCAAUGUGCAGGGGUACCAGGUAGUAAUGAGGCUAUAUACAAGGAGUAGCAGUACUGAGUCAAUGUGCAGGGGUACCAGGUAGUAAUGAGGCUAUAUACAAGGAGUAGCAGUACUGAGUCAAUGUGCAGGGGUACCAGGUAGUAAUGAGGCUAUAUACAAGGAGUAGCAGUACUGAGUCAAUGUGCAGGGGUACCAGGUAGUAAUGAGGCUAUAUACAAGGGGUAGCAGUACUGAGUCAAUGUGCAGGGGUACCAGGUAGUAAUGAGGCUAUAUACAAGGAGUAGCAGUACUGAGUCAAUGUGCAGGGGUACCAGGUAGUAAUGAGGCUAUAUACAAGGAGUAGCAGUACUGAGUCAAUGUGCAGGGGUACCAGGUAGUAAUGAGGCUAUAUACAAGGAGUAGUAGUACUGAGUCAAUGUGCAGGGGUACCAGGUAGUAAUGAGGCUAUAUACAAGGAGUAGUAGUACUGAGUCAAUGUGCAGCGGUACCAGGUAGUAAUGAGGCUAUAUACAAGGAGUACCAGUACUGAGUCAAUGUGCAGGGGUACCAGGUAGUAAUGAGGCUAUAUACAAGGAGUAGCAGUACUGAGUCAAUGUGCAGGGGUACCAGGUAGUAAUGAGGCUAUAUACAAGGAGUAGCAGUACUGAGUCAAUGUGCAGGGGUACCAGGUAGUAAUGAGGCUAUAUACAAGGAGUACCAGUACUGAGUCAAUGUGCAGGGGUACCAGGUAGUAAUGAGGCUAUAUACAAGGGGUAGCAGUACUGAGUCAAUGUGCAGGGGUACCAGGUAGUAAUGAGGCUAUAUACAAGGGGUAGCAGUACUGAGUCAAUGUGCAGGGGUACCAGGUAGUAAUGAGGUAAUAUAGACUCCUCUUUUCUUUAGAUGUCAUGUUUUCUGAAUUGUGUGGCCAGUAGUUUGUAAAUCUAGAUGUUUGUAAACAUUCCUAUAGAAAAUGAAUGAAUUCCUGAUUUCCUCCCUCCAUCCAUCUAGAUGUGAAGAGGCUCAGUCUAGGACCUGGAUCAGUCCUUACACUGGAACACAGUUCUACACUGGACUAUACAGGGCUGGGGUCAGUAUUAACACACAGACAGUUCUACACUGGACUAUACAGGGCUGGGGUCAGUAUUAAAACACAGACAGUUCUACACUGGACUAUUAAGGGCUGGGGUCAGUAUUAACACACAGACAGUUCUACACUGGACUAUACAGGGCUGGGGUCAGUAUUAAAACACAGACAGUUCUACACUGGACUAUUAAGGGCUGGGGUCAGUAUUAAAACACAGACAGUUCUACACUGGACUAUACAGGGCUGGGGUCAGUAUUAACACACAGACAGUUCUACACUGGACUAUACAGGGCUGAGGUCAGUAUUAACACACAGACAGUUCUACACUGGACUAUACAGGGCUGAGGUCAGUAUUAACACACAGACAGUUCUACACUGGACUAUACAGGGCUGAGGUCAGUAUUAACACACAGACAGUUCUACACUGGACUAUACAACGCUGAGGUCAGUAUUAACACACAGACAGUUCUACACUGGACUAUACAGGGCUGAGGUCAGUAUUAACACACAGACAGUUCUACACUGGACUAUACAGGGCUGGGGUCAGUAUUAACACACAGACAGUUCUACACUGGACUAUACAGGGCUGAGGUCAGUAUUAACACACAGACAGUUCUACACACAGACAGUUCUACACUGGACUAUACAGGGCUGAGGUCAGUAUUAACACACAGACAGUUCUACACUGGACUAUACAGGGCUGAGGUCAGUAUUAACAGAAAGUUAUCGGACGUCAGGUCUCAUUAACAGGGACUAUUAUUUACUUAUACUCUCCUUCUUCUUCUCUCCCUACUUCCUCUUCUUCUUCUCUCCCUCCUUCCUCUUCUUCUUCUCUCCCUCCUUCCUCCUAUUCUUCUCUCCCUCCUUCCUCCUAUUCUUCUCUCCCUCCUUCCUCCUAUUCUUCUCUCCCUCCUUCCUCUUCUUCUUCUCUCCCUCCCUCCGUCCUCUUCUUCUUCUCUCCCUCCUUCUUCUUCUCUCCCUCCUUCCACUUCUUCUUCUCUCCCUCAUUCCUCUCCUUCUCUCAACAGACGGCGGUGUGGGUGAACUUAUUUUUAUGGAUUCUGAUUGGCAUGCUGGUGGUGAUCCAGAGCGGUUACGGGUCAGAUUUCGGAAUGAUGGCGGGCGACACUAUAGCCACGUCCUCUGAGACAGAACCUUUUUUCUAACACCUGGCCAGCAGUGACUCAUAACCGUCUCACCGUACGAUCUGUUGGCGAGACACACACCACAGAGACACGCGCUCAAACACACACAAAGGCAGACACACACAUGGGGACACACACACACACACACACAUACUCCUCACUGUCUGACCUGUUAGAGAAUGAAUGAACCUUAGCCUGUAUGUGUGUUUCCAGGGAGAGUGUGUGUUUCCAGAGAGAGAGAGUGUUAUGAUGAGUUUCUGGUAUUGAGAAGUUCAAGAUGCAAGAAUUUACUUAGACAUUCUGUGGAGAUUUAAUUUUUUAUUGGAUCACGAACGCCCGUGUGUUCAUCUAACAAACGGACAUAGCUCUGCUCUUUGUCACUUGAACUGCCCACACACACAAAUCUCACAGCUUUUAUACUCUUGGUUAUCCUUCCUUUCACAUACCUCUGGCCAUCGUCAAUGAGCACUCCCAUUCUUUUAUGUUAUUACUCUUUACCCCAAGUCAUAUAUCCUGUCCGUCCAUCAUGCUAUCCUAAACAUCAGUAAUCUCCUUUGACAUAAGGAAUGUAGACUCAGUGGACCCAAGUCAAUUAUCCCCUAACUCUUCCCUGGUCCACACAAUACUAUGACAUGACAUCAUUACAGAGAGAGAGAGAGAGAGAGUCCUCUCACACACAGUCACACUUCUACAACUGUUCCUGGGGUCGGUGUAUAUGUGUACUUCAGUUUGAGUACUGCAGCCCAGUGAAGCACAGAUGGUCUACCUAUCUCUCUCUGCACUGGAAUAAAGGAUAUUACACAUAUGGUAACAUGUAGUGUCACUGUAGCUUUCACCUUGUUUUGAAACAGUUUCACUGAGAACAAGUCAUUUACCUUUUGCUAAAAGCUGUUAUUAUACGUUUCUCUGUGGUCCCUCCAUCCGCAGUAUUUUCUCUUUCUGUAUUUAGGGAGAGAGGUGUGUGUGUGUGUGUAGAGAAGUGUGUGACUGGCUGACAGGAACAUCAAUUGUCUCAGAUAAUAUCUGUGUGUGUGUGUCCCAUUCAGGACCACAGCCCAAACCAAGGCUACUGCACCACAGUCAGCAUUCAGCAAUGUCACACUGUCCUACGCAAACACACACUUUAAAAUGCCUUCCUGACUACUAAGAAACUAAGCAACCGUUUUCUUACUGCAUUCCCUUUCUGCCUGCAAUUAUUUGUACUUUUUUAUUUUAUGAAUAUUGAAAAGCAAAAAUUUGUAUUUUGAUUUGAAUGAAUUAUUGUUUCUCUUUUUACAGAAUUUUAUAAAACAGUUAUCGACCAAUAAAGAUGCAUUUGUGUGUCAGUCUUUCCUUUUCGUUCUAUAGAAUGUUACUGCAUGGGUUGGGCAACAGUACUGCUGUAGAGUUCAAGGGGGUGCAGGCUUUUGUUCCAGCACUGCACUAAUACACACACCAGGAGUUUGACUGGACAGAUUGGGAACCAUACUGUGUAGACAGCUGCGGAGGGAGAGAGGGAGGGGGAGAGAGACGUGAUAGAACCAGAGCAGAAAGGAGAGAGCACAGAUGGAAGACAGGAUCCAGAGAUGCCAGUUUGACUAACUGGCUAAUCUCUACGAAAUGACAGAUAGGCUACUGUAGGCCAGCCAGAUGUCCUCCUAGUGUUUCUUUUCAACGCUAGACUACUGUAGGCCAGCCAGAUGUCCUCCUAGUGUUUAUUUUCAACGCUAGACUACUGUAGGCCAGCCAGAUGUCUCUGGCUGUGUUCGAAUACCCAUACUGUAUACUACAUACUAUAAAUUCAUUUUAGUAUACUGUAAACGAACGGUAUCGUUUCAGUUGAGCGUACUAGCUAAGCCUGUCUACCGGAAGUUGAUGCUGUUGCUAUGCAACCUCUUGCUAGCUUGUUAGCAUAACAAAUGACUAGCUAGACGUUUUACGAGUUCGGGUGUGUUCGUAAAUUCAAUCUGGAGCGCCAGCUGAGCGCUCGUAAAUCCAGCGCGUUGUCAGAUUGUCCGUUCGUAAAUUCAGAGCGCACACUGGCACUGGACGCUCUGGCCGAGGAGUAGGGUUGAUCCGAGCGUUCAACGGCAGUCAAUCACCCAAGCUAACUGGAUAACGUUGGCUAGCUACUUCCAGACACAAAUGAGAGAACACCUCACUCUGACCAUUUUACUCGCCCUAGCAGAGCUGGUUAGGCUGUUUUCAUGUUAUCCAGAGCUUUGGUGACUGUAACUGUGCUGGCAGGAACGUUUACGUUUACUGACACCGGCCAUAUUCAACGGGUGUUGAGCGUUCGUAAAUUCAUCAGUUAUUCUGCGCGAAAAGUGCUCUGAAAUCGGACUAGAUAGCCAGAAUUAACAAUGUCCAUUGAAACGCACAACGACUAUACCACUUAGCUAAGAAUGAUGUGAAUAAUCGAGUCAAUAAACGUUGGGUAGUUAGUUAGAUAGCAGAUAGUUAAUCUACUGUCUGGCAAGUUCGAUGUAUUAGUAGCCAACUAACGUUAGGUAACUAGCUAACAUACCGCUGUAGCAUGAUAUGCUGUUCGUAAGGAUAGCGUAGCUAACAAAUUGUCAGCCAAUAUAACGUGUAACGUAACUUAUUUGAAAAGUAAUUACUUUAUUUCAUUGCUCAACAUGUUCUUCUUCAGUGGGGUUUAUCAUCGGUUGGCAUCCAACGUUAUGGCGCAUUACCGCCACCUACUGUACUGGAGUGUGGGCCAGAGAAUCCUACCUGCCAGCUCCGUUGCUCUAAAAAAGAUAACAAAAUAUUUGAGAUGAUAUCUAAUGACGUUCUACUCAAUAUACUCUUUAAACCAAUUUCCUGUAUCCCCUUCUCCCUCAUACUAGAUCUCAUCCCCUCUCUUUCCCUCUGAUACUGCCCAACCUGUAGCAAUACAUGCUCCACGGUCUCUGUUUCCUGACAAUAAUCACACUUUCCUUAUGGAUGCUUUCCUAUCACAUUUAAUGUCUUAUUCAACUGGCUGUCUCCCACCCUUAAUCUUGUAAAAAUAGCCUCCUCUCUUCUGUCCCUUCCUCCCCUCCCUGACUUUCCUCUGUACUUGAAGUAAAUGCCUUCCCUUUUACAUUUUUAGUCAUUUAGCAGACGCUCUUAUCCAGAGCGACUUACAGUUAGUGCAUACAUUAUUUUAUCGAACCCACAACCCUGGUGUUGAAAACGCCAUGCUCUACCAACUGAGCUACAUCCCUGCCGGCCAUUCCCUCCCCUACCCUGGAUGACGCUGGGCCAAUUGUGCGCCGCCCCAUGGGUCUCCCGGUCGCGGCCGGCUACGACAGAGCCUGGAUUCGAACCAGGAUCUCUAGUGGCACAGCUAACACUGCGAUGCAGUGCCUUAGACCACUGCGCCACUCGUGAGUUCCCUUAUUAUAUCUAUUCCACUGCUCCUGCCAUCUCUGCACCAUCACUGUAUAUAUCUGUCUUUUUGCCUCUGCCUUGCUCAUUGAAACUUCAACAUCCCCACUACUAAGUGCUUGUUUAGCCUGUUCAUCUACUGCCUCGUUCCCCUCCACUACCACAUGGGCUGGGACCCAAGUAAAUCUUAUCUGAAUACCCAUCUGUUUAAUCCUGCCAUGGGUUUGUAGCACCUCAUAAAGCAGGUCAUGGUUCGGGCUAGGCCCCUUAGUUCCAGUGAAGGGAAAUCUUAACGCUACGAUUUUGUGCUUCCAACUUUGUGGCAACAGUUUGGGGAAGGCCCUUUUCUGUUUCAGCAUGACAAUGCCCCCGUGCACAAAGCGAGGUCCAUACAUAAAUGGUUUGUCGAGGUCGCUGUGGAAGAACUUGACUGGCCUGCACAGAGCGCUGACCUAACCCCAUCGAACACCUUUGGGAUGAAUUCGAACACAGACUGCUAGCCAGGCCUAAUCGCCCAACAUCAGUGCCCGACAUCACUAAUGGCUCUUGUGGCUGAAUGGAAGCAAGUCCCCGCAGCAAUGUUCCAACAUCUAGUGGAAAGCCUUCCCAGAAGAGUGGGGGCUGUUAUAGCAGCGAAGGGGGGGACCAACUCCAUAUUAAUGCCCAUGAUUUUGGAAUGAGAUGUUGUCCACAUACUUUUGGUCAUGUAGUGUACCAUGAUGGGAGAUAAAUAGGGUUAGGGUUAGAGAACAGGAGACAGUGUAUGUUGUUAAAAUAAUUAUUUAUUUAACUGCAAAGUCUUAUUUCCAUAUCAGAAGUGUGUGUGUUCACCCCGGGCCUCCAUCGCAGCCUUGGUAUCCAGCUGUUCUUCUCUUCUCUCUCUCCUUCUCUCUCUCCCUUUCCUCGCCCUCCAUCCCGGUCCACCCUUUCCUUUCUCUCCCCCCUUCCUUCUCUUUCAUUUAGAGUGUCUUGCUGAGUUUGCGGUGCAUUCUAUCACUGGCCUCCAUCUGAGCCUUGGUAUCCAGCAGUUCUUCUAGCUGUCUUCUCAUCCGGGCCAUAUCCAGCUGGGUGGCUUGACACUGUUAAAUCAAUCAAUCAAUCAAUAAACAAACCAACCAAUCAUCUAUCAGUCAGUCGAUCAGUUUGUAAAUCUGUCUACCUAUCUAAAUAUCUAUCCUUCCAUCCAUCCACAAAUCAAUCAACACCUCACCUGUUCUCUCAAGCACGCCGACUCCUCCCUCAGUGCCGCGGCGGCCAUAGCUAGCUGCUCACUACGCUCCCGACACUGGGACUGCAUCUUAACUGCGUCGGUUAAAAGGGACUCGACGCUCACCGCUACGGAUUCACACUGGUCCUUAGACAUGAUCUGAAGAGAGAAAGAUGGAGGGAUGAGAGAGGGAAGGAUGGAGGGGAGGCAUUUAGAGACUGGUCCUUUGACAUGGUGAUGACGAUGGUGAUGGUUGGUCUAUAUAUGUGGAGAGAGGGAAGGAGGUGAGGCAUUUAGACACACACACACACUGGACACACACACACCACACAGAUUCACAAAACACUUCUUAUGCAAAAACUUAAGAAGCUUCUUAAGAUAGUUCCUAAGUGCAAUUCCUCAAAAACAUCUUAAGAUUUCAUAAUUUUCCUACAAACUCUCAAAUAUCUUCUUACAAACUUCUUAACUAUCUAUGCACUUAAGAUGAUUGCUGCCAGGCAACCGAUCUAGCUAGCUCUGUAGCUAGCAAUGGCAAUCACGUUAGCAUAUUUCUUACCGAGAUUACUGUUCUAAAAUAUGUUAUUGGGUUUAAAAUAAUCAAUACUGAAACUUUCAGAUUAAGUUUGUGAGUGAAUUAAACAUGAUCAAUUGCUUUCAUUGGCUUAUUUUCUCAAUGCCCUGAGUUCAACAUAAGAAUCUACAGUGGGGAAAAAAAGUAUUUAGUCAGCCACCAAUUGUGCAAGUUCUCCCACUUAAAAAGAUGAGAGAGGCCUGUAAUUUUCAUCAUAGGUACACGUCAACUAUGACAGACAGAAAUUCCAGAAAAUCACAUUGUAGGAUUUUUAAUUAAUUAAUUUGCAAAUUAUGGUGGAAAAUAAGUAUUUGGUCAAUAACAAAAGUUUCUCAAUACUUUGCUAUAUACCCUUUGUUGGCAAUGACACAGGUCAAACGUUUUCUGUAAAUCUUCACAAGGUUUUCACACACUGUUGCUGGUAUUUUGGCCCAUUCCUCCAUGCAGAUCUCCUCUAGAGCAGUGAUGUUUUGGGGCUGUCGCUGGGCAACACAGACUUUCAACUCCCUCCAAAGAUUUUCUAUGGGGUUGAGAUCUGGAGACUGGCUAGGCCACUCCAGGACCUUGAAAUGCUUCUUACGAAGCCACUCCUUCGUUGCCCGGGCGGUGUGUUUGGGAUCAUUGUCAUGCUGAAAGACCCAGCCACGUUUCAUCUUCAAUGCCCUUGCUGAUGGAAGGAGGUUUUCACUCAAAAUCUCACGAUACAUGGCCCCAUUCAUUCUUUCCUUUACACGGAUCAGUCGUGCUGGUCCCUUUGCAGAAAAACAGCCCCAAAGCAUGAUCUUUCCACCCCCAUGCUUCACAGUAGGUAUGGUGUUCUUUGGAUGCAACUCAGCAUUCUUUGUCCUCCAAACACGACGAGUUGAUUUUUUACCAAAAAGUAAUAUUUUGGUUUCAUCUGACCAUAUGACAUUCUCCCAAUCCUCUUCUGGAUCAUCCAAAUGCACUCUAGCAAACUUCAGAUGGGCCUGGACAUGUACUGGCUUAAGCAGGGGGACACGUCUUGCACUGCAGGAUUUGAGUCCCUGGCGGCGUAGUGUGUUACUGAUGGUAGGCUUUGUUACUUUGGUCCCAGCUCUCUGCAGGUCAUUCACUAGGUCCCCCCGUGUGGUUCUGGGAUUUUUGCUCACCGUUCUUGUGAUCAUUUUGACCCCAUGGGGUGAGAUCUUGCGUGGAGCCCCAGAUCGAGGGAGAUUAUCAGUGGUCUUGUAUGUCUUCCAUUUCCUAAUAAUUGCUCCCACAGUUGAUUUCUUCAAACCAAGCUGCUUACCUAUUGCAGAUUCAGUCUUCCCAGCCUGGUGCAGGUCUACAAUUUUGUUUCUGGUGUCCUUUGACAGUUUUUUGGUCUUGGCCAUAGUGGAGUUUGGAGUGUGACUGUUAGAGGUUGUGGACAGGUGUCUUUUAUACUGAUAACAAGUUCAAACAGGUGCCAUUAAUACAGGUAACGAGUGGAGGACAGAGGAGCCUCUUAAAGAAGAAGUUACAGGUCUGUGAGAGCCAGAAAUCUUGCUUGUUUGUAGGUGACCAAAUACUUAUUUUCCACCAUCAUUUGCAAAUAAAUUCAUUAAAAAUCCUACAAUGUGAUUUUCUGGAUUUUUUUUUCUAAAUUUGUCUGUCAUAGUUGACGUGUACCUAUGAUGAAAAUUACAGGCCUCUCUCAUCUUUUUAAGUGGGAGAACUUGCACAAUUGGUGGCUGACUAAAUACUUUUUUCCCCCACUGUAGCUAUCUUGGAAUUAAGAACAUUUCCAAGAAGAAAUCCAACAACUUUAUUUUCAAAAAUCGAAUUUCUUCUUAACUUUUUGCUUAAGGAGAAACAUAAGAAAUAAAGUAAGAACAUUUCCAAUAACUUUUUGAAGAAUAGCAACUUUGCUUAACUUUCUUCAUAAAUCUAUAGUUAAGGGGAAAAAAUGGCAGUUAAGACAUUUCUUCUUAAGAAGGUUUUGUGAAUCUGGGCCCUGGACCCCACAGGUCCAGAGCUUAGCCCGGCAUCUGAAGCUUACUGGCUCUCACCACCAUGCCCCUGGCAUAACAACUAAGGCAGGCCUGAUCAGCCCCACAUUUAAAGCUCUUUAAACACAAACAAAUAUGUGACAGCUGAGGGAUGACACCUAUCUAGGGCUCACAGCAUGGAAUCGGCAGUAUGUGUGUGUGUGUGUGUGCUUGCUUGUGAGUAUCUUGACGCAGACAGAGACGCAGACAGCCAGGUCACGCCCUAUAACCUGCGUGCAAACAAGAUCACCGUCUGGACUCUACAAACAGUAAAACUAACCAUAGCAGAGUCAUGUGUUUAUAGAGUUGGGACAACUUUUAGAAUGUUGAAUAUUGUUCUAAUUCUAGACAUUCAGUUACAUAGCAUUAUUUGUUAACGGGGCACUAACAUGGCUGCCAUAGAAUGGUGUAGUGUCAUGUAAAUAAAUCAUAAUGCAGAAACCGCAUUGGACCAACUCUGGUCUAUAGAUAUCAGUAGCUAGGUGACCAUAGAUGAUAUAGGCAGGGGAGCGCAUCAGUCAAACACAGAAUAUUAAACACUUCAGAUAGAACUGACUGAGUGAUCCAUGAGGCUAGAAGUGGCCUGAAAGAGGCUUACUCCUGGCUUAUCUAUCCUAGCCCUUCAUCCCCUCUCUCUCUCUCUCUCUCUCUCCCUCCCUCCCUCCCUCCCUCCCUCCCUCUCUCUCUCCCUCUCUCCCUCCCUCCCUCCCUCCCUCUCUCCCUCUCUCCCUCCCUCCCUCCCUCCCUCCCUCCCUCCCUCCCUCCCUCCCUCCCUCCCUCCCUCCCUCUCUCCCUCUCUCCCUCUCUCCCUCCCUCCCUCUCUCCCUCCCUCCCUCCCUCCCUCCCUCCCUCCCUCCCUCCCUCUCUCCCUCCCUCCCUCCCUCCCUCCCUCCCUCUCUCCCUCCCUCCCUCCCUCCCUCUCUCCCUCUCUCCCUCCCUCCCUCCCUCCCUCUCUCCCUCUCUCCCUCCCUCCCUCCCUCCCUCUCUCCCUCCCUCCCUCCCUCUCUCCCUCCCUCUCUCCCUCCCUCUCUCCCUCCCUCCCUCCCUCCCUCCCUCCCUCCUGUGUUUUUUUUUGUGGCUUUCACACGCAAGUCAAAUGUACAAAAACAACAAAGACAUCUCAAAUAAAAGUAAUUUUAAAAGUCAAGUCAAUUGCAGGAUUCACACUAUGGGCCUUUUGUAUUCGUUAAUUAGUUCCAUUGCCAUUGCAGUUAACAAGACUUGUCUGCAAUAUUUGACGACAUUAAAGCUUACCGAAGAUGACAGGUGCCUUUUCAAUAUGGAGCACCUUGUUCAGGUAGGUAGAUCCUCAGCUCGUUUUAUUCUCCUGUUAUUCACCGUGUUUUCUGAGGUUCAACUCAACACCGUCUCUCUCUCCUUCAACGAUCUGUCUCUCUUCCUUCUCUUCCGUCGCCAGUGUCUUCCUUCUCUCCCUUGAACAUGCCUGA